AUGACGACUGAAGGAGCAUCCACAUAUAUCAUAGAUGAAAUCGCCAGAAAACUUUUUCCUACUGAGACCUCCAAGUUCAACACUGCUCUUAGUGAACAAAGCUCGGAAUGUUUGAAAUUUUUUAGCACAGUUUCCUUGGAAAAACCAGGGUUUUUCAAAAAAGCGUUGUAUUCAUAUAUAAACACAAUGUUCCAUUUCUUACCUGCAAAAAUAUGUGAAAAGGAAGAAACCAUAAAUCUCGAGAAACUAAGCAUUGUGACUCGUAUCCCUUUUCAAGAGAGAGGAUCCUCCAACGAACUCUGUAUGUUAGCUUAUCUUUUCGACACAAUGAGAGUUAUUAAGAAUGAGUUUUUCGGAAGAAUAUCUGAGCAGGACAUUACUCUUGCUAAGGAAGCACAUGACGCGUUAUGCGCAGUCAGCGCUUCGAUACUCAAAGGAUUUUCUACGACAACAGAUUUGUUGACUGCAAGAGUUGGGUUCCUCCGUUUGUUACUCGAGAAAAACAUCACACCCGAAGAUUUGAGCACUUUCAUCGCUUAUGUUACUGACAGCGAGGAGUUGGAAGAGGUUUUCAAUCCUAUCCUGGACAUGUUGAAGAACAUCUUUAUAUGUCAAGAGUUAUGCGAUAACUUUGAUGAAUAUAUCAUCUUAUCGUAUAAUUGUGUAAUAAAUCUUAUCAACGUUACCUUACCGGAUAAGAGCAAGCCUAUUUGCGACAUAAUUGUAAGAAGACCUGAUUUUCUUUAUGAAGAGACAGAAACGAAAGCCAGUGCCAGAGAAACAAGUACCCUUUCCUUUCUUGGCGCUUUCUUGAGUUUUGGGAUGCUCAGUGAUGAAGGAUUGCCAGAAACUCCUCGAAAAUAUUAUGAUGUGAAAGCUUAUCCAGAAAACGAUGAAUGCAGUAUACUUCAUAAAUCAUAUCAUAACCGUUUGCUCACAAUGAGAAGACAUAUGCAUACUAUUGUUCACACUUUUAUAGUUUAUGGGAGUACGAGGUCCAGGACUCUGAACUGGUUCGAACAUAUCAUUGAAAAAAAUUCGAAUAGAGCCAAAAUGAGGGCAACCGCAGCUCAUCUAUGUAACGAUAACUUCAUAUGUAACUUUUUGUGGAUUCUUUUUGAGCUCUCACAGAAGAUCGCCGUGGGAAAGGUUAAUGUAUUUUAUCCCUUCCAAGAUAACAGCAGAGUUGAUUUGAAAGAGGAAACUCGCAUCAAAAUGAAUUCCACAGAAGCAAAAAGUUUUGCGGAUAGUCACAACGUCGCUACUAGUGAAGAUAAUUUCUCCACUGAAUGUUUUUUCCUUACUGUCCACGCAACUGCGAUCGGCUUGAAAGCUAUUAAAUCGAAGCUUGAAACUCUCCGAAUGCAUGAAAUGAACUUGACUAAAACCAUUGAAAGUUUGGAAGAGAGUCAGAAGAAAAACCCUGACACUAAUGGCAAGGCUCAGCUCAGAGAUUUGAAGAAAAGGAUGCUCACCAUAGUGAGAACUGUUUUGUGUUAUGAGUGCUUCCUUAGGGAUGACAAUCUUCUUCAUUCGGGAACUUCAUUCACCGUAAAACAAUUAAGUUUCAUUAUGAAAGUUUUGAAUGUCCCUCAACAUGACGAUGGUAACUUGCCAGAAAAUGCUCCUGAAACUUUCCAAGCCUUGCCAGAGUUUUAUGUCGAAGAACCGCUGGAUUUCUUAUCUCAUAUUCUCAAGACAGCACCUAAGUUGGUUUUCGAAGAACCAUACAACUGGGGAGAGCACUUCAUCGCUUUGGCGUGUCGCAUCAAUUUCUUCAACAAUCCAAAUUUGAAAAAGAAGAUCGUGGAGGUUAUUGCCAUGAUCAGUCCUGCUUAUCAGCCUGGCGCCACCCAUGUGUGGAAUCAAAUGGCUAAUACUCCAUUGGCCAUCAAUCAUCUACUACCUUGUCUUGUCAAAUUCUAUGCUGAUGCGGAAGUCACAGAUUUCAUGUACAAGUUUCCAAUCCGAAGACACAUGCAUAUCAUAUUCAAGUGUCUCUGGGAAAGACCUUUGUAUCGAUCAAACAUGAUUGAAAUUGGAAGAGCUUCUGCUCCUGAAUAUAUUAGAUUUAUAAAUAUGAUCAUCAAUGAUACCACGUAUCUGAUGGAUGAAAGCUUGGCUGCUUUAAAAAAAAUUCAUGAUAUUGAAGGCUGCAUGGAAAAUGCGGAUGAGUGGAAUAAGCUAUCCAGUGAGGAAAAAAGUCAAAAGGAGUCUAUGCUUGAUUCAGCCAAACACGACGCUAGGACAUGGCUUUCAUACUGCUGGGAGACUCUUGAGUUUUUGCAAUGCUUGACCAAGGAUUCUCCAGAAUCCUUCCAUGAUGUCGUGCUGGGAGAACGCCUAGCAGCUAUGCUCAACAACAAUCUUCAACAAUUAUGCGGGAAAAAAUGUACAGAGCUCAAGGUGAAAGAUGCCAAAACCAGGUUUGAGUGGGAGCCUCGGAAAUUCGCUGGGAAAGUUAUCGAAAUUUAUGUAAACUUAAAUUCUUCUGAAUUCGCUAAAUGUAUAGCAAACGAUGAAAGAUCAUAUUCUCCAUUAACAAUGAGCGACAUAUUAGCGAAAAUGGUAAACCACAACAUCGUUAACUCUAGUCAUUUCGAAAGAUUCCGCAACUUGACUGAAAUGGCAGCAAAGCAUUAUAAUGAGAAAGAGUCUGUUGAGCUAGAGUUGGAGUAUGAUGACGCUCCUGAAGAGUAUAAAGAUCCCGUUAUGGCUACAAUCAUGGAAAAUCCUGUAAGAUUACCAUCCGGUCAUAUUAUGGACGAAAAAGUGAUAAUGCGGCAUUUGCUGUCCAACGAAACUAAUCCGUUCAAUCGAGCUCCUCUGUUCGCCUCAGAUCUCACACCUUUGCCCGAUCUGAAAGCAGAAAUCCAAAACUGGAUCAAAACUAAACUUGGACGUUAA